AUGCGUCACAAUGAUAUGAACAUGCGCUAUAAUGAUAUGAACACGCGCCAUAAUGAUAUGAACAUGCGCCAUAAUGAUAUGAACAUGCGCCGUGAUAAUAUGAACACGCGCCAUAUUGAUAUGAACAUGCGCCAUAUUGAUCUGAACAUGCGCUGUGAUAAUAUGAACACGCGCCAUAAUGAUAUGAACAUGCGUCAUAAUGAUAUGAACAUGCGCCGUGAUAAUAUGAACACGCGCCAUAUUGAUAUGAACAUGCGCCAUAUUGAUCUGAACAUGCGCUGUGAUAAUAUGAACACGCGCCAUAAUGAUAUGAACAUGCGUCACAAUGAUAUGAACAUGAGCUAUAAUGGUAUGAACACGCGCCAUAAUGAUAUGAACAUGCGCCGUGAUAAUAUGAACACGCGCCAUAAUGAUAUGAACAUGCGCCGUGAUAAUAUGAACAUGCCCCAUAAUGAUAUGAACAUGCGUCACAAUGACAUGAACAUGCGCUAUAAUGAUAUGAACAUGCGCCGUGAUAAUAUGAACAUGCGCCAUAAUGAUAUGAACAUGCGCCAUAUUGAUAUGAGCAUGCGCCGUGAUAAUAUGAACACGCGCCAUAAUGAUAUGAACAUGCGCCAUAUUAAUAUGAACAUGCGCCGUGAUAAUAUGAACACGCGCCAUAAUGAUAUGAACAUGCGUCACAAUGAUAUGAACAUGCGCUAUAAUGAUAUGAACACGCGCCAUAAUGAUAUGAACAUGCGCCGUGAUAAUAUGAACACGCGCCAUAAUGAUAUGAACAUGCGCCGUGAUAAUAUGAACAUGCCCCAUAAUGAUAUGAACAUGCGUCACAAUGACAUGAACAUGCGCUAUAAUGAUAUGAACAUGCGCCGUGAUAAUAUGAACAUGCGCCAUAAUGAUAUGAACAUGCGCCAUAUUGAUAUGAGCAUGCGCCGUGAUAAUAUGAACACGCGCCAUAAUGAUAUGAACAUGCGCCAUAUUAAUAUGAACAUGCGCCGUGAUAAUAUGAACACGCGCCAUAAUGAUAUGAACAUGCGUCACAAUGAUAUGAACAUGCGCUAUAAUGAUAUGAACACGCGCCAUAAUGAUAUGAACAUGCGCCGUGAUAAUAUGAACAUGCGCCAUAAUGAUAUGAACAUGCGUCACAAUGAUAUGAACAUGCGCUAUAAUGAUAUGAACACGCGCCAUAAUGAUAUGAACAUGCGUCACAAUGAUAUGAACAUGAGCUAUAAUGGUAUGAACACGCGCCAUAAUGAUAUGAACAUGCGCCGUGAUAAUAUGAACACGCGCCAUAAUGAUAUAAACAUGCGCCGUGAUAAUAUGAACAUGCGCCAUAAUGAUAUGAACAUGCGUCACAAUGAUAUGAACAUGCGCUAUAAUGAUAUGAGCACGCGCCAUAAUGAUAUGAACAUGCGCCGUUAUAAUAUGAACAUGCGCCAUAGUGAUAUGAACAUGCGUCACAAUGAUAUGAACAUGCGAUAUAAUGAUAUGAACACGCGCCAUGAUGAUAUAAACAUGUGUCACAAUGAUAUGAACAUGCGCUAUAAUGAUAUGAACAUGCGCAGUGAUAAUAUGAACAUGCGCCAUAAUGAUAUGAACAUGCGCCGUGAUAAUAUAAACACGCGCCAUAAUGAUAUGAACAUGCGCCGUGCAACUCGCGCCGUGAUAAUAUGA